AUGUGGAUGAGAGAUUUUCAGUUGGUACCAUAUUUGGAAGAAUUCUCACACUUGCUGGGGCUCCCUGUGCUCAACCAAAUCCCUUACACUGGUAAAGAAGAAGAUCCUAAGUUGGAAGUCAUCGCUGGUGCCCUACACUUGCCAAGAUCUGAGGUUGAGAAAGUUUGGAUUAGUAAGAAAGAGUACUCUGGAUUACCCCUUGAUUUCCUCUACGAAAAAGCGGAGAUUUUUGCUAAGGCUUCAAGUAUGGAUGCUUUAGAAGCUGUUUUGUCUCUUUUAAUCUUUGGACAAGUUCUAUUCUUCCAUUAUGACAAAAUUGUUGAUGUGGCUGCUAUCAAGAUAUUUCUAAGUAAGAAUCCCGUUCCUACUUUACUUGGUGAUUUGUUACAUUCUAUUCACUUCCGAGAGUUUGAAAUAACUUUACUAUUUGAUAGUUGUGGGGAAUUCCCUAAUAUACCGCUUCUUGGCGUUCGUGGGGGAAUAACGUAUAAUCCUAUUCUAGCUCGACAUCAGUUUGGUUUUGCUUUGAAGGAUAAGCCACGUUCCUUGUAUCUCAGUUCAGAAUACUUCAGCUAUGAUUCAGAUAAGUCAAAGAAAAGAGAUCUUUUCAUCAAGGCUUGGUCGAAAGUAAAGAAAGUUGGUGCAAAAGACAUGGGAAGAAGAAAUUACAUGCCAUGGGACCCGUACUUCCAAUGGGUUUAUGAUCGAGUUAUGGAAUUUGGGAUGCCUUACCCUUCUGAUACGCCCAUAGUACCAAGGGUAGCUCCUCCUGCUGUCCCAGUUGCAUUCGAGCCUUAUCUUCCUACUCCAAACGAAGAUCUUGUUGCAACUGUUAACCAACUGAAGAGGGAAAGGGAUGUCUUUGAGAGACGCUUACGAAAGGUUGAAGUUGAAAAAGAAGUGUUGACACAAGAUGCUAAAGAGCGAGACACUUUACUUGACUAUUUUUCUCAUAAAUGGAAAAUUGAAGAUUUCGUUUCCCCGGGUCAGAUUAACUCAUGGGAAAAUGAAAUUUCUAGGCUUGUUCAAGAAAGAGAAGAAAUGAUCAAGGCACACAAGGAAGAAGUCAGGGUUCUUAAAAGGAGGCGUCGUCAAGAAGACAAAAAUCCUGGAAUUUAG